UAUAGAUAUCUGAAAUCAGAUUUCCGGCAUUGACUCGAUAAAUCUACCUUAACAGCAUCCGCACGAAUCUCUCCGAUUUUCUACUUCAACUUCGGUUUUGGUCGCGUGAAAGUUCCUAUUCAUCGCGAGCAGAAAGCGGAGGUAGCAACUAGAAUAAGCGAAUAUUGUUUAUCGUGAGAAGUCUUCUUUCCAACACUCUCCAUAGACAGGUUUGGAAUUUUAAUUUUAAUUAAUUUCUUUAAAUUUCAGUAAUUACAUCUUGACCACCAGGUUUGUCAGUCACCGGUUACUUUCAGGAGGUAAUUCAGAAACUCACCUCGUUUAAUGUUGAAAAACUGCAUAUAUCUUCUCUACUUUAUUUUUGUUAUUUAUUGAUCUCUGUUUUCCGAAACCACUUACAUUUUCCGCUGGCAGGUUUGUCCCCGAAAAUAGACCUUUUAUUCUUCGGGACAUCUCUCUAGAAUAGCUUCACAAAAUCCUUUUGUUAAGUCCUUUUUGCAGAAAUCCUUUUGCUGAGUCCUUUUGCACAAGGAUUUUUUUUCCAGUUCUAAGUGAAAGUUCUAAAGCAAGUCAAAAUGGAAAACGCAAGGAAGGUUGAGGAGCAGGCUGCUCAGGUCCCCGUCGUCCCCACCAUCGCCACCACCCCUUUCAUGCCCAUCAUUCCGACGCCAGUGCCGAUCUGGACUCCUGAGAUGGCAAACCAGUUCUAUUCUCAUUCCAAUGGGAUACCUGCUGGUUUUGAUCUUCCACCAUUUCCAGAGAUAAGCAACUGGCCUAACCACCGCUUGGAGCCUUCCCCUUUCGCCCAUCACAAUGCCGCAAAUCGCGUUCAAAUAUCUUUUGACAGCUUUCCCAGUUCAAGUAACGGCAUAGGCAUUCCUCAACUUUUGACCCAGCCAGACCUUCCGUUGGCAUAUUCUGCUGUAACAAAUGAAGGCCAAUUUGUUCCGCCGUAUAAUUCACAGUUCAUCCCGACGACCUAUACAUCUUUCCAUCAUCAUCAACUUCUCGGUGUGGAGCAACCGUUUCUCAAUACUAUCCAUAACCAGUAUACAGAGCUUCCGGGCCCAUCAUACUUCGAUUACUGUAGCAAGACAUUUGCUGAAAUUGCACCACACCAAGAUGAUGUCAUCGCAGCAGAAACCAGAAAAGAUGCUGCAACACCGAUGACCAUUGAAGAAAGGAAUCGAGAAGGGGAAGACAAAAACAACGCAUCCACAAUGUGCUAUAAUCCUCACAACAAAAUAAAUGGCCCGACUACAAAAGUGGCUGCUGUACCUGCAGCAAAAGAGGAUAUACGCCGGAACUUUGAUCUGAAUAAAACGCCUCAAGCAAAACAGCCCAAAAGAAGAAAGCACCGGGCCAAGGUCGUAAAAGAAGGCCAACCAAAAAGAACAAUCAAGAAAGCCGCUGCAGAGACUGCUCAAUCUAAAGAAAACCAAGCUGACAAGAGGAAGGCAAGGAAAGGAUUGAACACAACUUCUCCACAAACAGAAGUGACAGGAGAAUGGACAUCGGGGCCUAAAUCAACCGUACAGACAUGUAAAAGGUCCUUGAGGUUUGGGAGCAAAGAGCAAGCAAUAGACGAUCCUGGACGCAGAGAAAAUAUGCUCUUUGCCAAUGCCAGCAGCUCAAGGAAUUGGGUGGCUGAUCAUAAUGGACUUCAAGAGUGUCCAAAUAACUCCAUUGGCAGAGACGCUUGGAGCGCAGGAUGUGGUUUACAAGCUGUCGGUUCUAAGAGAAAACAACCUGGUAUUGAACAGGCAGAUAAUACCAGCAUUAAUAUGUUAGGAGCACAAUAUAAUGAUAUGAAGGCAUACUGCCUAAACUAUGGGGUUCAAUUUCCAAAUGUUCAUAAGAAAAGGAGAAGCGUCAAGGGGAGAACUUCAGAGGCACCACGUAAAUCUUCUGUGACUGCCACCAAAGAUGUCCAACUGGCAACAUUCUUACAAGAUGCCAGAUCACAUUCUUAUAUGUCAAGUCCCAAGUGCUGGGCUUCUGGUUCAGAUUAUACUGCAGCUGGAGUCCCAGUCUUGAUUACAGCUACAGAAGGAGCUAUUCAGGACAAACAUCAACCCCUUGAGAACACGUUAUCCUUAGAGCAGAAGAGGCCGACCAAAAGAAGAUCAAGAGCUUCUACAAGAACUGAUGUUGGUCUAGCACAUACUGCAAAGCAAACGUGUAGCUCUGACAGACGAACAUUUGGUGGUGCAGAAGGGCCACAGACAUGUAUUGAUGCUUUAAUUGCAGAUUUGGGAGCAUCACUCACAAAAAAGAAACGAACAGGAAGUGUCAGUUAUGCAUCCUCCUGCAAAAGACAAGACAACACAUUAGCAUGUGUAGACGAAGGGAAAGAAAUUGUGGACAAAAAUGUGGACGCUUUAACAGAGCAAUUUAUAUUCCUAAACAUCAACCGAGAAGCCUGUGACUCGCAUGGGCAGUAUAUGCAUGAGCAUGAGUCGCAUGGUGCCAUUGUUCCCUACAAACCCAAAAAAAGGAGCAUUCGAGCUAAAGUUGAUCUUGAUGAGGAAACUAAUAAAGUUUGGGCGCUUUUACUUGAGGAUAUUAACAAUAGUGGGAUUGAUGGAAGUGAUGCAGAAAAGACGAUAUGGUGGGAACAAGAACGGAAAGUGUAUCGUGGAAGGGCAGAGGCAUUCAUUGCAAAGAUGCAUCAAAUACAAGGAGACAGGGGCUUUUCGAUGUGGAAGGGAUCUGUUGUGGAUUCUGUGGUUGGUGUUUUCCUCACUCAAAAUGUAUCAGACCAUCUUUCCAGUUCUGCAUUCAUGGCACUCGCUGCUCGAUUUCCUCUGAAGUCAACGAGUACAUGCCACAAGGAAAGCACAAGUUCCGACAAGGAAAGCACAGAUGAAUCAGACAGCAAAAAGGUUGAAUCAAACAAUGAACAUAGCCCAGUGGAAAGUGGAACUAAUGCAAUGACUGAGGAAGGGCAAAACAGCUUAUGUCAAGGGAGCAUUAGGGAAGGGUUACAUAACAUAAUUUCAUCCCAACUGGCGGGCGUUGUAUCUCAGACAUCUGGAGAUUUUCCAAUUGAUCAAAAUCCUGAAAAGGUAGGGUCAUUCUCGGAUAGCAUCUCAGAAAUAGAAGACCUGCCAAGCACUGCACAGUUCAAUAUUUAUUAUAACAGGACUUCAUUCAGAGAGCUUUUAGAGAUGGCAAGUUCAACCAUGUUGCAUGAUGUUAAUGGCCAAAGAAGCAAAUCAACUGAGAGCUUCACAGGAAAAAGCAAUCAGUUCAUAGACCUGAACCAUGACAACCAGAUAGGAAACUUGGAAAAAUCAGAUGCUAUUCCAUACACUUCAGAAACACCCGCCACCAAAGAAUAUACUUCGGAAGUAACCCGAAAUUCUGGAGCUAACUGCUGUGAUCCUCUAACAAUAGAGUCCGACUCGAAAGCUGCAGUUGCCAAUUCUCAAGGUAUUCUAUCCCCACUCCAUCUCUUGCAGCAAAUUAAUCAUGACCAUAAUGUUUUUCACAUUUCAGAACAAACCCAAGAACCAAAGCAGAAAGAAAGAGAAAAGGAUGUUGUUAAUCCCAACCAUGAAAAGAGGAAAGGAGAGGGUAAGAAAAAAUCUGCCUCAGUAAAACCAAAAAGCAAGAAAGAAGAGAAAAAGAACUUUGAUUGGGAUAGUUUAAGAGUACAAGCACAAGCUCAAGCAGGGAAAAGAGAAAAGACAGAGAAGACCAUGGACUCUGUGGACUGGGAUGCUGUGAGACGUGCAGAUGUCAGUGAAAUAUCCAAAACAAUCAAAGAAAGGGGCAUGAACAACAUGCUUGCUGAACGUAUUCAGAAUUUCCUCAAUCUAUUGGUUGACAAGCACAAGGGCAUUGAUCUUGAGUGGCUGAGAGACGUUCCACCUGACCAGGCAAAAGAAUUCUUGCUCAGCAUCAGGGGAUUGGGAUUGAAAAGUGUGGAGUGUAUUCGACUCUUAACACUGCACCAUCUUGCUUUUCCGGUGGACACAAAUGUUGGACGCAUAGUGGUUCGUUUGGGAUGGGUACCAAUCCAGCCACUGCCAGAGUCACUACAGUUGCAUGUUCUAGAAUUGUACCCAGUGUUGGAUGCGGUACAAAAAUAUCUCUGGCCUCGACUCUGCAAGCUAGACCAAAGAACAUUGUAUGAGCUGCACUACCAAUUGAUUACAUUUGGAAAGGUAUUCUGUACUAAAAGCAAACCGAAUUGCAAUGCAUGCCCAAUGAGAGGGGAAUGCAGACACUUUGCAAGUGCCUUUGCAAGUGCAAGACUUGCCCUGCCAGGACCAGAGGAGGAGAGAAUGCCGAACACAAGUGGAAACAAUGCAACCGAGCGGAAGGCAUCACAAGUUAUAAAUCAAACGACCUUGCUUUUCCAUGAAAAUCCAAUUGAAGGGGCACUUCAACAAAACAAGAACGUUCACGCUAUAGUUGAAAUGCCAGCAAGUCCAGAUCCAGAACGUUCCAAAUUUUCACAAGGUGAUAUAGAGGACGCCUUCAAAAAGGAUUCAUUUGAAAUUCCAGACAUAAAAGUAGACAUGACAAAGUUCGCUUUGAGCAUACAAAACUAUGUGCAACAAAACAUGGAACUUCAAGAAGGAGAAAUGUCAAAGGCCUUGGUUGCUUUAAAUCCAGAUGUGGCAUGCAUCCCUACACCCAAGCUGAAGAAUGUGAGCAAGUUGAGAACAGAGCAUUACGUUUAUGAACUACCCGACUCACAUCCUCUUCUGAAAGGGUGGCAAACGCGAGAACCAGAUGAUCCAGGCAAAUACCUUCUAGCUAUAUGGACCCCAGGGGAGACAGCAGACUCCAUACAGCCACCAGAAAGAAAAUGCAGCUCUCAGGAUAGUGGCCAGCUUUGUAAAGAAAAUGAAUGUUAUGAAUGCAACAGUUUCCGUGAAGUAAAUUCAAAGAUAGUUCGAGGAACUAUCCUGAUACCAUGUCGAACAGCUAUGAGAGGGAGCUUUCCACUAAACGGGACCUACUUUCAAGUCAAUGAGGUUUUUGCUGAUAAUGAGUCAAGUUUAAACCCAAUUAGUGUUCCCCGUAGUUGGAUCUGGAACCUCGGUAGGAGAACAGUAUAUUUUGGAACCUCCGUGUCAUCGAUUUUUAAAGGCUUAUCGACACAAGACAUUCAACAAUGCUUUUGGAGAGGAUAUGUAUGCGUGCGAGGAUUUGACAGGGAAAGGAGAGCGCCUCGGCCACUGUUGGCUAGAUUGCACUUCACAGCUAGCAGGACGCCUAAGACGCCUAAGACGCCUAAGACGCCUAAGACGCCUAAGACGCCUAAGACGCCUAAGAAAAAGGGUAACACCGAAAAGAUGUUGAAACAACAAAGUGAUUUAAACAAAACAAAAAAUCAGCCAGAAUUGUUUUCCAGUAUUCAGGAGACCAGUGAAGCGCCGAGACAAUAGAAGUUAUUAAAUAUUCAUCUUGUAUCCUGUGUAUUAUAGGAGAGUCAUUGUCGUGGUAAAAUACUAGGCAAUUUUCUCAGUUUAGGACUAGGACAAAGAGAGUAUAGUGGCACCAAAUUUGCUUUAUAGGUCGGUGUAGAUCGAAGAGGUAUGUGAAAACUCAAAAUAGUUGUACUCAUCAACAUUCUUCUAGAUUGCAAUUUAUGUAUUGCAAUUGACUACUACGGGUUGUAGUAUUUAUCAGAUUUUAACUUGAAUUUCAAUUUCUCAGAUGCAUAUA